ACUACCACCCCGUCUUCAAGGACCGUCUUUUCCCGUCGGUAAUGUUCUUUUGAGAUACCUUUCUCGCUUCCAACGUCAAGAUCAUCAGUCCGUUUCCCCCCCAAGCUCCUCCUCCUCCGACCGCCCCGCACGAUGAAGAUGAACAAAUGGUUGCAGCAGCCGCAGGACGCCAAGCAGGCCAAGGCGGUGGACGAGAUCAACGCGGUCCUGAAGCGGUUCGGGGACGAGCAGAGCACCCUGCUGGACCGGUUCGAGCGGAUCUCCUUCGAGGUCCAGCUGAACCAGGCCAUGCUGGGGAGGAGCCUCUCCGACCCGAGCCUCGCCCCAGCCCCCCGCCGUGCACCAUCGAGGGCGGACCGCAGUUCGGCCCACGGUGGCACGGCGGCAGCUGCCGAGCGACGCCCGUCGAGCUUCCGACGAGUGUUCAAGAACCUGUUCAGGCCCAUUCUGGGUAAGAAGAAAUCAGCGAACAACAAUGUAGCGGCAGAAGCGGCGGCAGCGGCAGAGGAAGCGGACGCCAGGAUUCCCCACUUCCAGUAUUCCAAGGCUUUCAGCAGAUCACUGAGGGUCUAACGUUUGAGGAAAUCCUCGCCGCGGCGAUCACAGUCGUUGGAUUUUGUGGGACCUAUGCCAACGAUCGUGAUUGACAUGAUCGGUCGCGGAUCCGAGUCGAGGCAAGCGUUUGCCCUGAAUUCGAUCCUGUCUUUGUUUUUUUCCUUGUUCUAAAAGCUAGUCCAUGUCCUGUAGAUGAUGCUACGUAAUAAAGAGUGGCUCUUUUUCUUUUCUGACUUUA